UUUUGUUCACACCUAUUGUUGAAGUCGCAUACGUCACAAACGAAAGAUGGUAAACAGCCUUCAGACAUCGUGAUGGAAAGUUGGGUUACCAUAACACCUUGUCUUCGACAAGGUUUGAAGAUUGCAAGUCGAAUUGAUAAUGGUAAAUUUCGAUUACUUGUUAAUCGUAUAUGUCAAAAUUUACAAUCCACUAGUAAUGUAAAGCCAUUCAGUGAAGAGGAAGAAGAAAAACUCUUAGUAUCCUUAGAAUUGAAUAAAGAGGAAUUAACCUUUUUGUUAGAUGCAGUAACACUUAUUUAUAAACAAGCUGCCUACAAUGUAGUAAAGUCGGCAGAAUUCGAAUCUAAUUUAAAAGAUAUUUGUAAAUUAGAUGAAAAUAAAACGUUGAUUUUUGUUAAUUCAUGGUUAAGUUAUGGUAAAGGAAUUAUUGAAUGUCUCAGAAAAAAAUCUAUAUUUCCUACGCAGGUAAAGGACAUUAAUUGGUGUUUAAAUAUACAAUCAUCAUCUUCAACAAUUUCUAAAGAUGCGAGUCCUGUGGCAUUAUUUCAGUUAGACUUUGCAGAGUGCAAAAUAUUCUACGAGAGAUGAAAUAUCAGAAUUUAAAAACAGAUUUGUUAAUUUAAUAUACAACGUACGACGAAGAAAGGAAAUGAGCGAGUCUUCAAUACGAUUGUUAAUAAUAGAAAUAGCAUUACUAAUACGUUGACAUUGUUAAUAAUUUAAAGGGUUCAGGUUUCUGAGACUUCUUAACUUAUAAAUUAAAUGAUUAAAUUACAAAAAGUGUUUCUAAAAGCCUCUGGAAUUAAUUUAAAAGAAACAAUACAAUAUUUUUUUUCUCCCUUUCACGCACACGCACGCAUUUGCUCUCACUAUGCAAAAGAGAUAUAACCGCAUUACUGACGUAAUUAAAGUAAUAAAUAAUACGAAAAUGAGAAAAGAUGUAAUUGAAAUGGUACGAACGAUAAAAUAUACAAACGUAUGUGACAUAAGCAUCACGUACUUUUUGAUGUAAUAUUAAUUGUUCUAAAUGCGAAAUUGAUUUAGCGUAUGAUCUUGGCUGAUAAACGUCGUUUCUAAGAAGAAAAAAAAAAAAAGAAAAAAAAGACGCACCGUGCCAUUGUAGUAAUAACAUGAUAAAUCGAUAAAUCUUAAAUACAAUGAUUUAAUGAUUCAUCGAAUAUAUGUGAGAGAUGUAACGAAGAAGAAUAUUGUAUGUACACGGCGAGUUAUAAUUAAAGUAGUAUGGUCCGAUGCAAAAAAGAAAAUGCAAUAUUAAAUUUGCGUCGUAGUAGCACCGUUUAAUGAAAAAUGCAUGGUAACAUCGAUGUGGUGAUGAGGUAAAAAAUAAAAUAAGACACUUCUUGCGGUUGUGUCGAAAAAAGAAGGGGGGAAAAAAAGAAAUAUUUUAUGAAUAAAGUCAAGGUGCUAUCUUACGGAGCGCAGCAAAGUACUUUUUCUGCAUAAAAUUUAAUUUUAUAUUCAGUCAAAAAUCAAUAUCUACAUCAAUAUCUACGAUCGAUAUAGGAUCGAUUCAGGAAUUUAUCGAUCGUGUACUAUGUGUACAAAACGACGAUAGGAAGAAAGAAAGAAAAGUUGCUUAUGUGCUCUUCCGAGACCCAUAUUAAAGAUCACAGUCUAGGAA